GCUGGUCAUGCGAAUACGAAAAUUACGAAAAAAAACACAUGGACACAUGGGUCGAAUGGUUGAAGCUUAAUUUCGGCUUUAUCUGCUCCAAAAUCUUUUAAUUGCGCAAAAAUGUUGACGAAUAAAUGUAGUAUUUGUGAAGGCGAAGCAGCCAAAUACAAAUGUCCUACUUGCAGAGCACCAUACUGUUCAGUGGUUUGCUGUAAAAAACACAAAGAAGGAAACUCAUGCCAGUUACCUGUGGAAAAUAAGGAGAUUAAAGCUGAUGCUGCUCACUCAGCGUUGAACACAUAUUCACAUUUCACUGAGGAUACAGUCCAACCAGAUAAACUAGAGUUAUUGGGAAAAUCACCGACACUCAGAGACCUGCUACAAAAUCCACAUUUGCAAAGAAUUCUCCAGCAUCUUGACAGUGAUAGACAACCUAAAUCAGCCAUGGAAGAUGCAAUGCAAGAACCUAUAUUUCUGGAGUUUGCGAAUGUUUGUAUGGACGUUUUAGACUCCGCAAGUUGAAAUUUAUUCAUUGAAGAUCAAUAAAAAUAAACGAGCAAGAUUAAAUUAUGUUCCGCCUUCAUCAAUUUAUUAGCUAAUAGCUUAUUCACAAUUUAUAAUGUUUUACACUUGUUGAGGGAAUAAACUCACCAAAUCAAAUUCAAUACAUAAGACGAAAUUCUAUGUUAUUAAAAAAAAAAAUUUAUGCCAUUAAAAAUUGUGUAAUGGCAAACAAUAAAAGGCUGUUACUUCUUUUUC